GGGGAAACUACCAAUUGCUAAAUUAGUUGAAAUUUGGCAAAAUACUAUUGACAUUCCUUAUUCUGAUUUAACUUUUGUCUUGGAUAUUGAACCAACCAAAACUGCCGAAAGAGUAAAUAAAAGACAGCAAGAAACUGGGGCGGAACCAAAUAAUUGA